CUUUGCAAUCUUCGGCCCUCCUUAAAGGGAAGCUGUAAUUCUAGUGGGAGGGUUUUAUUCCAGCCUGCAGAUCUCUCUGGACUCUCUUCUGCGCGACAUUUUUGUUGCCAGAUAAUUUGCCAUGGAUUCUUCACUGAAGAGUCUGGUUAAUGAUGAUAACAGAUACCAGAAAUCCUUCCAGCUUUUCCUGGAGUGCUCCUCUGAGCAUCAGUGUAUGAGGGACUUCAUCCACAAUAUGCUGCCAGAUAUACUGGCCAGCAUUGGAGAUGGAAAGUCUCAUCUAAAUGUCAUAGGAGUUGGAAGUGGAGCUGGUGAAAUUGACCUCGAGAUGCUCUCCAAGCUCCGUCUGAAGCACCCAGGGGUGACCGUGGAUAAUGAGGUGGUGGAGCCUAGCAGCACGCAGCUUCAUAACUACAGAGUUUUGGUGUCACAGAAACCAGGUUUAGAUUACAUCAAAUUUAACUGGAACGAGAUGACUUCCUCUGAGUUUGAGGAGCACUGGAGAGUGAACAAGAUGACUAAGAAGGCUGACUUCAUUCACAUGAUACAGAUGCUGUACUAUGUGAAGGAUCCUGGAGCUACCAUCAACUUCUUUCAGAGUCUCCUCAACAAGAAUGGGAAGCUUCUUAUCAUUCUAGUUUCUGGUGAGAGUGGUUGGGGAAAGCUGUGGCGGACCUACAGGAACCAGCUCUGUAGCACAGAUAUUAGUCAGUGUGUGACCACUGGAGACAUCAAAAGCUUCCUAGACUCCAAGGGGCAAAGCUACCAGAGCUACGAGCUGCCAUCUCAAAUGGAUAUCACUGAAUGUUUCACCGAGGGGGAUGAGAAGGGAGAGCUGCUGCUUGAUUUUCUUACUGAGGUGCUGGACUUCAGUAAGACAGCCUCGCCUGAGCUGAAAGCUGGUGUCUUGAAGUUACUUCGGCACCCAGAUUGUAGUGUGGAGUCCAACGGCAAAGUUAUCUUUAACAACAACCUUGGAGUGAUACUCAUAGAUCAGCUCACUUAAAAGCAAGCGUUAGGCUAUAUAGUGAAUGUGAAAUUUGCAGUAGAUAAAUAAUAAUUGAAUAAAAAUGUUUUUCAAAUUGUACAGUGUAUAAUUUACUGUUUGUAAAUAAAAGGCUUUUAACUUAUGUGGGAAAUGCCUUGUUUUACAUUAUUAUUUCUGUUUUCUACAAACAGUUAUUUUGUAUUGAUACCAUUAUUAUUUCUUUAUUCUGUUUCUACGCUUGUGCAAAAUGAAAAUCGCUUGAUUGUGAUUUUAUUUUUUUCUAGACACAUUUUGUUUUAUUGCCAUGAGCUACCAAAUUUCUCCCACAAAAUGUAAAGAUCAGAAUUUUAAUGAACUUCAGACACCAGCCUCAGAUUCCAUCAUGAUGGUAUUUUUGAUGCGCUACAGCUGGCAGGCUGUGCUACCAACCCCAUUACAGUAUUGCUCCCAUUGGAUCAUAUUACUUUGGAAGUAUAAAAAUAAAUGGGAAAUUCAACAUUACAUUUUCCAUGGAGAUUGAGCUGUUAAAUUUGAUAAAAUGGACACUCCUGUGGGAGUGUCUGGAUUUUGUGUCUUUGCUUUUGAAUUUUGUUUUAUUUUGAAAUGGUUGUUAUUAUUUAGAACAUUAUU